CUCAGAAGAAGAGUCGAUGUUCGUAAGUAAUAACUCAUAAGUAAGACACGAAAACAAUUGAAAUAUUCUUGUAUGUACGUAUAUGCAGCAUACACGUAUGCAAGAUUGAAUACUAUACUAUACAUAACAGAGCACAAUAAUGGCGAGCAACACCAAUGUAAUUCACGCUAUAAUGCGUGUGUCUGUGUAUGCUUUAUCUUCACCCACAGCACACAUAUUUUUUGGACGAAUAAUGGAGGUGUAGGCGACGAUCGACAUUCUUCCGUGGUGAAAAUAACGUUUCUGUUUCGUGGUAUUUACUACUGAUCUACAGAGAUUCGAAACUCGUUCGCGUUCGUGGUAGAUAGUAAAUACCUGAAAGUGCUCCCGUAUGCGAUUGUUUCGCAGCAUAUUUUAACUUGAUGCCUAAACCUCUCUCCGUUUUUUAUCUACAGUAGUAGUUUUUUAAAUUAUUGGUCGAAUGCAAUGCCAUAGAGUGGGAAAGGGCCACGGUCGAGCCCGAAAACUCACCGUAAAGGAAUUUCACGUUAUGAGAUAAGGGAAUUUAUGAGUCAGCCAUUCAAUUCUGUGUCACGAUUUUACCACACGGUGACGAGGAUAUAGGCGGGACCUCGGUGUAGUCACAAGAUUUUCCGUGGAACGUGUGGAAAAGUGGACGGGACGGUUUUACCGAGAGUGUGAGAAAGAUUUUGACGACUUACCAGAGAAAUGUCGAACGGUAAUUUGGAACAACAAAUUGCAAACCUGCAGAUUAACCAUGGGGACGGUGUCAAGACUGUUAAACCUGGGAAGAAAGUGGGACCAGCUGUUCCUCCGAAACCAAAAAAGCAGCCACAGAUACCGCAAAGUUAUACUGUGAAGGCUGCCACUGUGCCAUCGUACAGCACUGUACUGCUUAAUAACUCCGCGCAAACGAACGAGAAAUCGUCGAAUUUUUACGCGAAUUCUCCGUCGUCGUACGUGCCAUUGAACAUAGAGAAAAACGAUUUCUCGUUGUUGACCUCGCCCUCGAACGAAAAUGGGAAAGACGUUCCUAACAAAAGCCAACGGAAUAACGAGAAUUUUUACGUGCACACGCAAUCCUCUGAUGAGAAGUACGAACCGAAAUACGGGUACGAAGAAAAGAACUACUACUCGAACGUGGGGAACAUGCCUGCCCCGCAAGUUCCGGUCGAUGAUCAUUUACGAUCGCCGAAGAGUGUCGUAUACAGCAACAUAGAUCUACCCAUGUCUAUGUCUGCGAAUAAACCGCCAAAAACUGAGAAAGACAUUAUCUACAGCAAUAUUCAAUGGAAUUCUAAACCGGAGAACACCUAUUGCAACAUUCCGUCUUCACAUAAUAAUGAUGAUUUACCGCCACCGCCGGAACCGUCGGAGUAUGUGCCUUGUGUUCCGGGUAGUUCGUUUCCGCCGCCACCGGAGGAAUUACCGCCUCCGCCGAGUCCCGUGUCGUCCAGUUACAGCGAGUUGAGACGUGCCACUUAUCAAACUGAUUUUCCAUCCGACAGUUAUCCAAACGACAUUUAUGGCCCAAGUUCGCAGUCCAGUUCCACCUAUGAAUCUAUAUAUGAGCCGAUCAAUCCUAGACCACCGUCACAGUUGUCCUGCAAUUACUCGAUGUACUCCGGUUACGGAUCGGCUACGUCCACGCAGCCUCAAGGAAAAGUAUCGCCCGUUAAAGAGGUGGAUGUUCUCACCGAUCUGUUGGUCCAAGGGAUGGAAGAUAAUUCCGAGGAAAGCGACAUAUACGGUAUCUGCGCGCAAUGCGGUCGCAAAGUCGAGGGUGAAGGCACUGGUUGCUCGGCCAUGGACAAAGUAUUCCACAUCGACUGUUUUUGCUGUUACGUUUGCAAGGUCAAUCUGCAGGGUAAACCGUUCUACUCGUUGGAGAGUAAACCGUACUGCGAGGAAGAUUACUUGAACACGUUGGAGAAAUGCUGCGUCUGCACCAGACCGAUACUCGACAGGAUAUUAAGAGCUACUGGAAAGCCGUAUCAUCCGUCCUGCUUCACGUGCGUGGUCUGUGGUCAAAGUUUGGACGGGAUACCGUUUACGGUGGACGCCACGAACCAGAUCCACUGUAUACAGUGUUUCCACAAGAAGUUUGCACCGCGUUGCUGCGUUUGCAAGUUACCGAUCAUGCCGGAGCCGGGACAAGACGAAACGGUGCGUGUCGUCGCGUUGGAUCGUAGCUUUCAUAUCCAGUGUUACAAAUGCGAAGACUGCGGCUUGGUUUUAUCUUCGGAUUCCGAAGGACGCGGUUGCUAUCCUUUGGACGAUCACGUUCUAUGCAAAAGCUGUAACGCGACGCGCGUGCAAGCACUGACAUCUCACAUGACGACAGAGUUGUAAACAAUAAAAAUUUUUAAUGUUUCUAGCCGUUUUUAAAGAUUUCUAUCGACUUUACAAUACAGAAAAUUUCUUUUGUAUCUUUCAAUAAUACAAUAAUAUACGUUCGUUUCGACGAUGAGCCUGUAAUACGUUCGAAGAAAAAUGACCGAAUUAAUGUUACUGCCUGCAAACUGCCAAGAGUCGAACUGAAAAAAUGAUUGUUAAACGGACCGGCAAAAUUAGAGUGACACAUAUAAGAAUGAAUGGCGCUAAUCGUCAUGUAUUCAAGGUGUUCCUAGCGUUAAAAAGAAGCGUCUACGUUACGUCAAUAACUGUAGAAAUGAAAACCGUUCAGUUGAUUGUGCUCUCCUACUGAUCUAAAUAUAUAAAAGUAAAAUGUUAUACUCCGAGAUGUAUCGAACCCGUUAUGUAUUUAGAUUUCCGCUUUACGACAAAUCAUGUGAUACGAUAGAGUUAAUAGCAUUAUACAGCGUAUUAGUGCAGAUACCUUAAAUUAUACAUAUAUAUUAUCUACUUAGCGAACGAAAAGACUAAAUAAAUCGAGUAUCGAAUAAACUACCUAAUGCAUUUAAAAGGAA